CGCUGGGCGGCGGCGCCGACGGAGGCGGAGGCGCGAGCGACGCAGCCGCGCUCAUGAGCGCCGCGUGCCGCGUGGGAGCGGCCGCCGCGCGCCACUCCGCCACCGACUGGGACAUCAACGACACCAGCGUGCCCCGGUGGGCGGACGGCCACUGCCGCCUGGUGUACCCGGCGUCCAGCGAGGAGGCCAAGCGCCACGCGUCGGGCUGGGCCAUGCGCAACACCAACAACCACAACGUGCACAUCCUCAAGAAGUCGUGCCUGGGCGUGCUGGUGUGCUCGCUGCGCUGCACGCUGCCCAACGACGAGAAGGUGCACCUGCGCCCGGCCAUCUGCGACAAGGCGCGCAAGAAGCAGCAA